AUCCUGUUAGAUUUCAUGGCUAUGUCUCUUUGCGAUCUAAUGCCACUCAAUCCCAAAUCAUCCAAUCUCCGCCCCAGUCGUCGUCCGCUUCCCGAACUUGUCUACUUUAUCCAAAAAGUCACCUACCAAGCACGGAUCAACUGCCGCACCGCCCUUGUCGCUCUGAUAUACUUGAAUCGUGCCAAAGCCGCUUUACCAAAAAACGCUGUUGGCAGUGACGACACUUGUCAUCGUAUGCUUCUUGGCGCUCUGCUUUUAGCUUCCAAAUUCUUGCAAGACACCACCUGGUACACCGUCAAAGAUGAACCACUGACCAACCGUCGAUUACACGACGUCUGUUGUGGCAUCUUUUCUUUGGACGACAUUCAUCAGUUGGAACGCGCUUUCCUAAAAUUAAUUCGCUAUGAAUGCUGGGUCGAUGAUAAAGAUGUCGAUGCUUUUGUAUUACAUCAUCGAGCCGACUUUUUUCUCUAG